CGUCGUUCCUCUUCCUCCUCCUCGCACGCCGCCGCGCUGCCAACGCCACGGAUAGAAGAAGCCGCGCGGCCCCUCCCCUCCCAGGCUCCCACCACCAAACCAGGAGAGAAUCUCCCUCCUCCUCCCCGUCCUCGGGGAUCCCCUCCGCUGCCUCCACCAACCCGCGCGCGCGAUCUCCGGCCUUGGGGAGAUUCAGCUUGCAGAACCUGCCUAAUCAUUUGGAAAUGGAGAGGGGGCGGAAUGGAAGGGAUGACUUCUUUGGCGGGAGGGACCCGUUUGCCGGAUUCGGUGGCUUUGGUCGUCAGAGGAGCUUGAUCUCUGGCUUCUUUGGGGGGAGGGAUCCUUUUGAUGAUCCCUUCUUUACUCAGCCAUUCAGUGGCGGGAUGCAUGGCCCAAGUCUUUUUGGGCCAAUGGGAGGGCCAUUUGGAGACAUGAGAAAUGAUGGGUUCCUUGAGCAGGCUCCUCCUCCCAGAGUUAACAGCAAGAAGCCUAUUAUUACAGAGCUUGAUGAAGAGGAAGGAGAGAAUGCAGAGGGGCAUGCUAAUGAGCAAGCAAGCCAUGAGUCAUAUGUUCAACAACCAGAUGAUGAAAUGCAAGGGGGCCAAAUGCAGCCACGGAGGGAUUUCAACAGGGCGAAUGAAGGGCAGCCACAAGCUCGUGUGUUCACAUAUCAGAGCUCUACUGUGACCUAUGGUGGUGUCAAUGGAGCUUACUACACUGCUUCGCAAACUCGAAGGACUGGAAGUGACGGAAUAACUGUGGAAGAAAGCAAGGAAGCAGAUACUACAACCAAAGAGGCUACUCAUAGAAUCUCACGAGGAAUUCAUGACAAGGGGCACUCACUAACAAGGAAGUUAAAAUCGGAUGGCAAGGUGGACACUACACAGAUAUUGCACAAUCUUCAUGAAGAUGAACUAGCGGGGUUUGAGGAAUCAUGGAAGGGGAAUGCUGGGCAUCACUUGCCUGGCUGGAACCAAAAUGCUGGUACAUCUAACAAUAAUGAACCAGGUAAUCGUGGCACCAGUGGACGUGGCAGGCAAUCUGGAUGGGGCUGGGCGCUUCCUGGAACGGAGCAAGGCCGUGAUCCGAGACGGAACGGACGACCAAAAUCACGAGUCAUACCAAUUUCCUGAAAGAGUUUAUUAUCCAUGGAUCGAAUCAGUGAACUGCUGCUGUGAAAGCAAAAUGCAUUAAGAUUCAGGUCCAGAGGAUUAGGUUCAGGUGAAUACUCCUGUUUCCUGGAGGUCCAAAUGUACCCUACGACCUCAUGUAUGUAUGUACCGGAAACUGUAAAAACACUACGGAGAGUGUGCGCUGUGCUGCUUUUCGAUCUGUAGUAGUACCAAAUAGGUCGUCGUUGCCACGUUGCUGUUCGCUCAUGGUGAAAACUGAAAAAAAAAAAGUGCUUGUAAAGGUUCGUUUCGCUCUACUCGUGUGUAUGCCCAUUGUAAUUCUGGAAUCCAGAGCCGCGUAAACGUGUGACCAGAUACUGUGUUGAGAUCAAA